GUUCAUGGUGCAUAUAGAUUUGCAGCUCGCAAACCGGAUUGUAAAGAAAAUUUCGGGGUGCUACAUAGAGAAAAGCGCUGAAGAAACCGGGGAAUAAGAAUCCCGCCGGCGCUAAACGCGGAAUGGAUGCGAUGAGCCUGUUGGUCGUAUGGUGCGCGCUUGGGUCCGCAGUGGCGCGGAGACCUAAGGCUGCGGACGCGGACGCAGAUGCGCCCAUAAAGAUUAACGGCGCAAGAUGCGCGUCGCGUUGCCUCGCUCUACACAUAACGCAGCUCGCUGCCUAUUUCAGACACCUUCAGACUGAUGAUGUGCUGGACUGGUGCGAAAAACACAGGAGGUGCUUCCAGUGCUUGCAGCCAUGCAAAGAAUUGUGGGAAGCCAAGAAAAGCCCAUCUCCGAAAGGAUGUGAAAAACAUCAUGAAUGCGCAGCCAGCUGGGCGUUCCUGCUAUCCCUGCAAGCGCACAAGCAGGGGAAUUGCCCCCCCCCGCAGAGGGCCUCGGGCUUCGCCGCCGCAUGCGUGGAAAGCUGCAGCGUGGACCGCGACUGCCCCGCCCACCGGAAAUGCUGUCCCAAUGACUGCGGACACACCUGCCAGGCGCCGGCGGACCUCUACAAGGGUGUCCCGUUGCGUCCCCGGCGGGACAUGACCUUUCUGGAAGACUCACGGGGCCGGCUGGAGGUGCUGUGGACGUCCAGGUUCAAUGUUUCCAUGGAGCCAGUGCUUUAUGUCCUGCAGAGGCGCUGGAAUCAGGGCAUCCACCCCAGCGAGGAUGACGCCACCCGCUGGCAGACCGUCGCCAUGACUAUGGGCCAGCGGGUGACGCUGAAGGACGUGCGGCCCCACAGAUGGUACCAGUUCAGGGUGAGCGCGGUCAACAGCCAGGGCACCCGCGGCUUCACCGCCCCCAGUCGGCACUUCCUGUCCUCGCGAGAACCGUUGCCCCCGGCGACUCCCCGGAACCUACGGAAGGGGGCAGUGAGGGAGCGACCGGACGGGACAGUGAGCAUGCUGCUCCUCUGGGACCCCCCCGAGGAAGAAGAUCUGGAGGUGCACCACUAUAAAGUGUCAUGGAGGGCCUUCGGUGUCCGCACCACCGGCCAGGACAGGAGGGAGAACACGAGGGUGACCGAGGGGGCCAUGCGGGAGCUGGAGCUGCAGGGCCUGCAGCCAAAUUCGGCCUACCUAGCGCAGGUGCAGGCCUUCGCCUACUGGGGCCAGAAGCGUCUGCGGAGUGGCAAAUCCCAGCUGACCUUCAGCACGGGGCCCGCAGCAACAGAGUCCCCUAUUGGGCGCAACAAGGCCACUGGCCAGGCAACCAAUGAGCUACCAUCCUCCAACCACGCCCACAGCCCCUCCCUCAGGCUGGAGGCCGCCGCCCCCUACUACCACAGUCACCAGCUCCAGGUCAAGGUCUUCUGGAGGACUCUCCACUCAGAAAGCAGUAAUGAAGCAGCUGCCUACCUGCUGAGGUGGCACCCAGGCAUGUGCUCCCACAACGUCACCCGGAAAGAGAAGGCAGCUACGGUGUCGGGAACGCAUUACGUCAUCACUGACCUGCUCUUCGGCUGUAAGUACAGGGUAGCAGUGGUGCAGCUCUCAGGUCAGGGUGAGAGGUCAGAGGCUGUGACCUCGGUGAUGACACCACCAUGCAGUACACUGACGGGUGACGCAGUGAGGUCUUUGCAGCUUAGACAGGAGUGCCACCUGCUGGCCCAGAAGGUGCUACUGCGACCGGAGAAGCUGGCCGCUACCUUCUGGACAGUAAACGGCUCACUGCGGGGGGAGUUCAGCUGGCGAUGGUCCCAGGCAGGCCCAGAUCUGGGCCCCAUCUCCACAGUCCAGUUCUCUCUGGUGCAGUUGUCGGGUGGUGGUACUGACACCACACCUGGCACGCAGAAUGCCCAAACCCAGAUCCUUGCCUCAGACCAGAACUCUGUAACUGUGGGGAACCUAAGGCCUAAGAGUGCUUACAAGGUGCAAAUUCAGGUACGCUCAUCAGGGGGCAGGGGUCCGGCCCUGGUGAAGACCAUUCGCACCCCCCAGCUAGACAACAUUCACAUAUGAGAUGUUCCCCGUGCUGCUUCCAGUGCUCCCCAUUCACCCUGUCUGAGCCCAAAUGGCCUCAUCUGACUUUUAUUAUGAAGCAAGAUCCCACAUGUUACUCUCAUGAAGGUUGCUUAUGUGCAUCUCGCAGUGGAUCAAAGUAGCAGAAAUUCAAACACAGCGGUGCAUUUCGGUAGCUGAAUAUUGUAUAAAGUAACUGUACUUUUGUGUGCUAAGAGAUGCACGGCCAUGGUGUAUCUGCAGUCACUUUCAGUGUAUUAUGUAUUUUUGUGUUGCUGUUGUUCAUCUGGAAUUGCGAGCUCUUGUAGGCAAAGUCUAUGUCCUUCUCUCAUUCAUGCAGUCUUUGUCUUCUUUAAACAAGAUAUUUGCUAUAAAUUAUUUAAUGUUAAUGAGGGUGUAGACUCUGUUAGCUAUUUAUUAAUCGCUGUUAUUCUGUCCAUUAACAUACGGUUGGUGGUUUUUAGUUAUGAUCGUGCAGCACGCAUACUUAAAUUGUUAGCUUUCAGAUUCUCACAGGUCACCUCACUACCACUGCGGCAGCUAUCAAACAAACCAAACACGUGUUUCUUGUUUAGACAAUUUUACUGCCCUUCACUGUUUUCCUUGUAGAACUGAUAUUAUUUUAUAUGACUGAGUUUACGAUUGACCUGCCCACAAACAGCGGGGCUCCUGCCUGGAACUCUAUGGUCAGAAGCCCAGUUCCUGAACCGCGAUACAGCACCGUUUACUAGUUUUGUUUACUACUUGUUUAUGGCGCCCUCUCUAUGACAUAGACAAGCAGUUAAUGUCAUUAAUGUGAAUAUUGUAUUCUUUUUAUACUGGCCUGCAUCAGCAGAAAUAAAAUCUCAAACAAACAA